ACCGUAUAAAAGCUCGGGUAUACAGAUUGACAUCCCCAAGUCACCUAAGCAAACAUCAUGUCCAGCGACAAGAGCCAAGUAACCCCUUAUGGCCAGUCCCAGGCCACUCAGUACAAGACUCAUCCUUUUCAUACAAAAGGUGAUAUCACCCUCGUCUCUUCUGACGGUGUCCUUUUCAAAGCCGAUGUCUGGUGUCUCGCUCAUGCCAGUGCCGUCUUCCACGACAUGCUAGAAAUGUCCAAUCCCUCCGUAGCAGAUACUUCCACCCCCGAAUCCAUCUCUGUCCCUGCCAAACCGCCUCACCCAUCCGAACCUAUCGAUAUUCCUUUCCCCUCUCGCACCCUUCAGCUCUUCCUCGACCUUAGUCGAGUAUCAGACGAUGUCAUGUUAGCCAUCACUAUGGAAGAAGCGGGAGAUUUACUCUCCUUUUCCCAUCUCUAUGACUUGAGAGAAUUCGUGCUUAAGAAACUCAAGGAUCGGGCUAUGGACCUCGGCCGACGAAGACCUUGGGAUCUUCUAGUCCUUGCCUCGAGACUCGACCUUGAUGAUCUAGGUGUCUCCGCCUUGGAGGCAAUGAAUGAAGAUACUUUCGUGAGGGGACAAAAGGGAAGCACAUCCAAUUUCUGGGAGUCAAUAGCGCUUUUGCAGAAUGGGUGGCAGAGUCGGAUCAUCAAGUCUGUCAUCGAUAAACCAGAAGGAGGUUCGGUUCGACGUCCAGGGUAUCCCGACGACUACUCGUACAAGACGGGGUAUGUGUUCAAGCUUAGGGAUUGGUCGGAAGCGGGGAGGCGGUUUAGAAAUACCAGGCUGCGAGAUGAGCAGUAGUAGACAAAGAGGUAGCCGGAUCCGGUGAUUGACAGGCCAUGUAAGAUACAAACAAUUGUCACACGAUGCAGGGCAACGGUACCGGCACCAAAACCGUAACCUCCUUCUUUGCAGGCAAUACUCUCACGGUCUGUGCCGCAUUCUUCAUGUAUGAUUCACAUAAGACUCCUUGUAUCUUAGCUUGCCCUUCCGAGGACCCUCCUGGAGAAUCCAAGGGAUAGAUGGCGACGUUGGGAAGGAAGAUAGUACCAGCUCGAGUGGGAAGGAGUACAAUCUCGACUGAAACAUCCUUUUCGGGCUACAGAGAGAAAUGAUCAGUCUCGUUUUUGCAUAGCAAGUUUUGAGGCUUACAUCCGGGACGAAAUAAGCCUUCUUCUUCCCUAACACUAUCCAAUCCUCAGGAUUGACUUGAACGUCGUACACCAAUCGCUGGGUUUUCUCUUCUUUCGUGAGUUCAGAUGGUAAACCCAUCCAUUGCGAAGAUGUUGAGAGCUUGAGCAAAAAGGCCAGCGGUCGACCUUGGUAAAUGGAUGUGCUUGGUGAUAAGGUUGGAGUCAAGGAGAUCGCUGUGAGUAGCUGCGUGCAUAUCGUCAGUUUUGGGUGUGUGCUUUUUCUCAGACUGGAUUGACAUACGCGACGUUGAGGAACAUCAACCGGGAUCUCAAGGCUUCUCCAUUCUGGCAAGGUCGCCGAUUUGAUAGACUUUCGAGCCAUGUUAGCCUCGCUUUUUUGGGAUUUUGCAUCACGCUUACUUCGCAAAAGGCCAAGCCACUAUCGCCCAUAUCCUUUAGUUCAUAACGGAAAAUCUCUUCAAGGGAUUCCCCGAUAAGAUAGCUUCUCCACUUUGAGCGAUCGGCAAGGAUCUCGCGGACCGCGCGUUCGAUAGAUGAGCGUGAAGUAGGGGAAAGAGAACGUAAGGCGUCGGUAACGCUAGAACGUAUUUCUGCAAAAUAGUACCUAUUAGUGUAUAUUCUUCUAGCCACUAGCUGUAAG